AGCUGCUAGGCGUUUUGCAGGGUGUUCAGCGAUUAUGGAUGAUCACGAGGUGGAGAGUCAGAUUACUUCCCUGUGGAGACAGGGGAAAUGGGAGGAUAUCAUUCAUUUUGGGAAAAGUUGGAAUUACGAAGCUUGGAGGAUUCUGUGGGUUUGGCCCUCUAUGAAUGACUUGGAAUGGAUCAAGGGGACUAUACUAGAGCACAAGGUGCAGGGCAUCAUCAGUGUUGGAUGCGGAACUGGAUUAUUAGAGUGGAUUAUACAACAGUAUACUAAAUGCGACGUAAUUGGAGUAGAAGCAGACAAAUGUUGGUGGCAGAGCAAGUACUCACCCACAAUGUACCUGAACCAAAUCAUGUUUAUCAGUGAAGAUAAUUCUACUGUUGACAUUCCAUCCAACUACGCGAUGUUAUUUUGUUAUUUCAAUGAUGGCGAUGCUUUUUACGAUUACAUGAAAAAUUACUCUGGCAGAGUAAUCUUCAUCAUUGGACCUGAUAAAGAUCAGAAUCGUUGCACAGAUCCACUGCCCUUCGAUGGAAAAUUGAACGAACUUGGAUGGAGACUCAGCAGAGCUCGAAAGAUGGAUAAUGAGAAAGAUUUUUUCACUGUGUAUGUUCGGUUGAAAUCCGCAGAUGAUAAUAAAUCACGAUUGGACUGAUUCUACAUUUUUUUUCAAUCUUUGGCAUUUCGUGUGCCAUCUCUUGAGAAUUCUGUAUGCUUCGUGAUAUGAGUCAAUAAUUUUUCUCGUUUUAACGUUCGGUAGGGGCAGUACUGGCAGGAGAACAUUAUACCCUCAUCUAGACCUAUAAUAUCACAGUUACAAUUUUAUCAUUUGUUUUGUGUGAAAGGAGAAAAUUAGUUUUUUAUUAUGUGUAAAACAAAGAAAAACAUUUGUAACACCAAAGA